AGCAUCAAGGUAGCGAGUAACUCGCUUUCUGAAGGGCAUAAUAUUGCAAUUACGAGGUGACUAACCGGUGCUUCCCAGGCCGAAAAGCCUGCCCAUACGAGUAGCUAGAGAGUACAACAGGGCGUGCUCUACUUUAUUCCACCAACGGCGAUUAUCUUCCAUGAAAUCCAAUCAGCUACUAAGCAGGAGAAUGAGCACAAUUUCAAGAUGAGCCGUUAUCUCACGCCUUCAAAGGUUGCUCUAUUAUGCUUGAUCGCCAUCUAUACUGAAGGGGUUGUCUCCAAUUCCUCGGCGAUUCACGUGCUCUCGUUCCUGAUUUCGUGUCUCAUCCCUCUGGAUGCGGCGGAGUCUUCGAGCUCGUCUUCCUCGAAAUGGGAAAGACAGGGUUUGAUCGACAUUGCAGAUUUUGAAGAUGUCCUCUCAUCUCACGCAUCCUCCAUUCCUGGCCGGUCGAUCUGGGACCUGUUUCUUAGAAAGAUCUGGUCCCUUGAUUCCUGCGACGCCUUGGAGGUUUUCUUCGCGGAGAUCAGUUCCUUACUCAUGAAAACACGUGAAGAGCAGAUCCAGGAUAGGAACAAUGGACUUGCCCCGGAGACCGGGUCCAUGCGGCUCUCUCGAUGCUCGCCUCUCGGCGCGUUCGUGAGACGAGCUCAGCUCGAAUUCACCAGACUACAAUUCCAUGAUUCGGUCAAACUCUGGAGAGGUUUUGUUAGAUAUCGAUUGCCUACAUAUCACCUAUGGGCCCGGAAGCAUCCAUCCGAGGAACAGGCAGCGGUAGACAUCAACCUGCUUGAACUCGGCCUGGAUCAAAGUAGCCAUCUCGCGCAGGCGAUCUAUGGCAACGUCGAAGACGAUUAUGGGGACGAAAAUGCCAUAAGCACGAAGGAUGUAGAGCGUCUGCUAGAGUUUCAGGUGGGAGAGCUGCAAAGACUGGGAGGAAGAGUCCCCGAUGAAAUGCGGUCAAAGCUUGAGCAGGUGCUGGCGUCAGGCGCUACUAUUCCUAGCUUGGUUCAUUAUUUACGAUUUCUCGACGCCUGGAAAGCAGGCGACUACCCGUCCUCUUUUGACAACCUCCACCGCUACUUCGAUUAUACCAUGCAGAGCCAUGACCGCAGUUUUUAUCAGUAUGCAUUACUGAACCUCGCUGUCCUCCAAUCAGACUUUGGGUGCUAUGGAGAGGCUGUCUCUGCCAUGCAAGAAGCAGUCUCGAUUGCUCGGGAAUCGCAUGAUAUGAAUUGCUUGAACUUCUGUAUGAGCUGGCUUUAUCAUUUUGGCAAGGCUUUCCCGGAACAUAUGAAGGACGUCCAGAACACAGGCAUGCUAGGCAACGAAAAGGAAGGCCUCGUCUUCCUGAAAGCCAAAGCCAAAGAGACCGAAAUGUGGAGCCUUUUGAGCACAACUCUUCUCAGUGAAGCAAAGCUUGAGCUUCAAAAUGGAGAAAGUCUUGCUUCGGCACUGGAGAACGUUGUACGGGCUUCGCAUCUCAAUGUCACGAAAGGCCUGACCAGCUCGACAGGCCCACAAUUACUGCUUCAGACAGCACUGUACGCCAGAAUUGGGGUAACACAUCUUUCUUGGCUCAGCACCGAGAUAUUCCGCGAGUGUUAUGGGAGCAGGGCUCCGCUCGAGGAUUAUCUGAAAAGCACAUUUCGCAAUUGCCAAUUGCUUGCUCAGAAAGGUCGGUAUAAGGAGGCUCUAGCCCGUAUAAACCAGAUCUCGCCUGAUACUUUACGCUCCCUCAAGGCGAACCAACAUUGGGUAUUUUUCUCUGGAUUUCUACAACUGAAAUGGCAAAUUAAUAGAGAUGAUAAAGUCGCAGCGGAACACCUCUUGACCCAACUUCAAUCCAUUCAGGUUCCAGACAACGACCUGUCUCUCUUAUUGGUAUUUCUGACUAUUGAAUAUGUCAUCCGCAGCGGUGACUACGGGCGCGCUUUGAAACUACUAGAGAAAUCCGUCCAGGCAAUGCAACCCGAAACCUUCGACGUCAAUUCACAGGUGAAGCUACUGUGUUUGAAAGCUCGCAUCUUCGAAAAAUCCGGACAGCCGCAACGCGGAUUUUCUCUGGCCAUGAGAGCCGCCAACAUCGCCUACCGAUCGCGACUUCUCCCUGGUCUCUGGGAAGCCAUUACUGUUCUUGCGGGAGUGCUUCUAAGCUUGCGCGAAUUCGAAGCCACCAACGAGAUGGUUGAAAGUAUCAUGCCGCAGGUUCUCGAGUUCGAAGACUGCGAUCUCGCGGCGCGGGCUUACUCGCUUCUCGUCGAUGCGAACAUGGGGAUGGCCGGUACGCUGCGCCGCCAAACCAAGGCCGACUCUCCAGCCUGCAAGGAAUACAUGACCCGUGCGAUGGGGUACGCCGACUGCGCCUACGAUCAGUACGAGCAGCUCGAAGACAUUAGGGGCCAGUGCGAGAUCAUGGCUAAAAAAGCGACACUCAUGCAUCUGACUGCUGACCGGGUUCUUGCAAAUGACUAUGCGGCAAAGUAUCUGGACUUGCGAAAGCAGGCAAAUCUAAUCAGAUAGUCAUAAUUAUUGAUGUCGGUAUUUCUUUCUUUGCUCAAGAUGAAGGAUAAGAAAUCCGAACUGCAAGCUUAAAUAAGCAAAGUAUUUUAAUAUCAUUUAAUCAUGUCUGCCUUAUUAUUCAUA